AUGCCGUCGCCGGCGACGGCUAAGCCCAAGACGACGAAAAAGCACAACGCGCGCCUCAACAACCCUUUCCCGCGCGCGGUCCCGGCCGCCGCCUUCCGCAACGGCGAUGCGCCGCCGCCGCUCUCCAUCGGCCCGUUCUCCAAGCUCGCCCACGCCCACGAUUACCCCGUCGGCUCCAGAUUCCGCCUACGCUGGGACCCCUCGCUCGGCGGAGCGGUCUCGCUGGCGCGCGUCCCAGCUGGCUCCGGCGGCGAUCCUCGCAGCGGCGUGAUGUGGGAGACCAUCCCAGGCGUCGCGUUCGUCUCCGCGGCCUCCGCCACCACCGAGGCCGACGAGUGCCGCGGAUCCUUCGCGCUCCGCGACGGACGCGCCCUCCUCGUCCCGGAACGCCAGAGCGUCGACAGGAUCAAGGCCUUCUACCGCUGCGACGUCGAGGCCGGCGCCGACCCCCUGCGCGGCGCCGUGUUCGAAGCGUCCGACGAGACACGCUUCCCGGUGCUGCUGAUCACCGGUGCCGUGUCCGCGAAGAAGGCGGACCCGGCGUCGUCGUGCUGCUGCGGCCUGCGCGCCGGCCGCCGCGCCAGGGCCCGCGCGGUCCUGUCGGCUCGGUACUGGGUCGUCCUCGAGGAGAAGUGCGACACGCAAGUGGCGUUCAGCGUCAAGAUCGCUGACUACCAAUGGAGCUGCGACCACGCCGCCGAUACCUCGAGCCCACCGCCGCCGGUGUCGACAGCUCCAAGGCCCCACCGGUUCAGCCUGCGCCUCCGCCUGGCGGGGCGCGUUCAGAGGAACGGCGCCAAGAAGAAGAAGCUCAUCUCCUCUGGUUCCCCUGUCCGGGAGGAGCUCUCGGCGCUCCUGCCUCCGGCGGAGACAGCAACGGAGGCGGCGGAUGAGGAGCAGCGGCCGGAGGAGUUCAACCGGGUGUUCCUGACGUAUGCGAGCGAUCGCGACGAGCGAUUCUACGGCUUCGGCGAGCAGUUCAGUCGCAUGGAGUUCAAGGGGAGGAGGGUGCCCGUGCUUGUGCAGGAGCAGGGGAUCGGCAGGGGAGACCAGCCCAUUACUUUUGCUGCCAAUCUCGUCAGCUACAGGUCAGGAGGAAACUGGAGCACCACGUAUGCACCAUCUCCCUUCUACAUGACCUCCAAGAUGAGGUCCCUGUACCUGGAGGGAUACGACUACUCCAUGUUUGACCUCACAAAACCCGACAGAGUGCAGAUUCAGGUUUAUGGGAAUACGGUUCAGGGACGGAUACUGCAUGGAGACUCGCCGACCGAUCUUAUCACGAGCUACACGGGAUCGACGGGACGGCCGCCUGUUCUUCCCCGAUGGAUCACCUCCGGCGCGGUCGUCGGAAUGCAGGGCGGCACGGACGCCGUCCGCCGCGUGUGGAGCCAGCUGCAAGAGCACGACGUCCCGGUCUCCGCGUUCUGGCUGCAGGAUUGGGUCGGGCAGAGGAAGACGACGAUCGGGUCGCAGCUCUGGUGGAACUGGGAGGUGGACGACGAUCACUACGCCGGCUGGAAGGACCUCAUACGGGACCUCCGUUGCGGCGGCGUAAGGACGAUGACGUACUGCAACCCCUGCCUCGUCCCGGUUCGCGCCAAGGGGAACGCGAGGAGGCACCUGUACGAGGAGGCCAAGGAGCUGGGGAUCCUGGUGCGGGGCGAGGCCGGCGAGCCGUACAUGAUGCCCAACACGGCGUUCGACGUGGCCAUGCUGGACUUCACCAACCCGGAGGCGACCUCCUGGUUCAAGGGGAUCCUGGGCGGGAUGGCGGAGGAAGGCGUCAGCGGCUGGAUGGCCGACUUCGGCGAGGGCCUGCCGCUGGACGCGCGGCUCCACUCCGGGGAGGACCCCGUCGCGGCGCACAACCGCUACCCGGAGCUGUGGGCGCGCGUCAACCGGGAGUUCGCCGACGAGUGGAAGGCCAAGUCGUCCGGUCACGCGAAUGCAGAGGAGGAGGAGGAGGAGGAGGAGGGGCUGGUGUUCUUCGUCCGGGCGGGGUUCAGGGAGAGCUCGAGGUGGGCGAUGCUGUUCUGGGAAGGGGAUCAGAUGGUGAGCUGGCAGGCCAACGACGGCAUCAAGAGCAGCGUCGUCGGCCUGCUCAGCGGCGGCCUCUCCGGCAUCCCGCUCAACCACAGCGACGUCGGGGGCUACUGCACCGUCGACCUCCCGCUCCUGCGCUACCGCCGCAGCGAGGAACUCCUCAUGCGAUGGAUGGAGGUCAAUGCCUUCACCGUCGUCUUCCGCACUCACGAGGGGAACAAGCCCGGGUCCAACUGCCAGUUCUACUCCAACAGCCGCACGCUCGCGCAUUUCGCGCGCUGCGCCAAGAUCUACAGAGCCUGGGAGUUCUACCGGAUCCAGCUCGUCAAGGAGGCAGCAGAGAAGGGCCUCCCCGUAGCGCGGCACCUCUUCCUCCACUACCCGGAGGACCGGCGCGUGCAGGAGCUGACGUACCAGCAGUUCCUUGUCGGGACGGAGAUGCUGGUGGUGCCGGUGCUGGACAAGGGCAGGAACACGGUGACCGCCUACUUCCCGACGUCGGACCGGGGGUCGUGGAGGCACGUGUGGACCGGCGAAGAGUUCGGCAACGGCCACCGGAGCGGGCACGCUAGUGUUGUGAAGGGGACGGUGCACGGGUUCGAGGCCGAGGUCGCGGCCCCGGUGGGCUACCCGGCCGUGUUUGUCAGGGCUGGAUCGCCCGUUGGGGAAAGGUUUGUAAGAAAUUUGAGAGAUGAAAAUGUUAGUAUUUAACUGAAACAGUGCGAGUUACUGUUCUCUCCGCUCCAUAUUAGUUGCUCCUAAAUUUUUAUUUAGUAUAAUAACUUUGAAAAGUAGAAACUUCAUCGGAGCCGUCAUGUAUCCAUGAACCAUCAGCUGAUCAGCAUUAAGAAAUCUCCGCAA